AUGCAUGUUUACAAGUUUGUUGCUCGAGAUGAAGCUGGUGAUGGUGAUAAGGAUGUGGAAUAUCGACUUAUCAAUACCGAACCACCAGGGACAUUCACAGUAGAUCCGGUAAGUGGAGUGGUACAAACAGCUUUGAAACAUUACAAACCCGGUGAAACUUACCGUGUUUUUGUUCAAGCACGCGAUCGAACACCAACAAAUCCCGAAGUUUCUCAGGAUAGCGAAGUUGCAGUACUGGAAGUAUAUGCUGGUGAUCGUGCACCACAGUUUAUUGAGCAACAAUACACAGUUCAUAUUCUGGAAAAUACUGAAAUUGAAUUUAGCAUAAUUGGUGUCAAAGCAAAAUGUUUCAAGCCAAUUGAUAAACAUCGUAGCAAAGGUGAACUAUCGUAUCAGUUAUAUUUGCAUUCACCUUCGAUAGAGCAUGAAUCAUCGCCAUACUUUACAAUUGAUGCUAAAGAUGGCUUAGUUCGAUUGAUAAGAGCACUCGAUUAUGAUGAUAACAAUCAACCAAAAUAUCAUCAAUUAAAAGUUAUUGCAAGUGAAGAUGGUAGAGAAAGCGAAGUACCAUUAGAUGUUUACAUCAACGAUGUAAAUGAUAAUAUUCCCAUAUUCACGCAACCUAUUUAUAGUGCUACAAUUAAGGAAGAUAUACCAACUGGCCAUACGAUCCUAACAGUGAAAGCAGAUGAUAAAGAUGAUGGUGAAAAUGGUCGAAUUAAGUAUACUUUAGAUAAUUAUAAUUUUACGAUCAAUGAUCGUGGAGAAAUAUCUGCUCGAACACGUCUAGAUGCAGAUCAGAAUCGAGAACGCUUCUUUAUCUAUCGUUUUAAUGUUACAGCAACUGAUUAUGGUGAACCAUCACUUAGUAGUAGUGCUAUGGUUCAUAUUCGUACAGAAAAUACAAAUGAUGAAGCUCCAAUAUUUAUCCCAAAUGGUACUUAUCAUGCAUUCGUUGCUGAAGAUGCACAAAGUGGUACACCGGUAGUGCAAAUUCAAGCAAUUGAUCCAGAUCGAGAUCAGGUUUUCUAUACAUUUUUAUUAUCGAAUGGUGAAGAAACAUCAACAACUAAAUUGUUUGAGAUUGAUCGUGAUACUGGAUUGAUUAGACUUGGAACGAAUGUGAAAUCGGAAAAUCUUAUACAUGGAGCAUCACGAUAUAAUUUGACAAUAGUAGCACGAGAUGACGGAUCAUGCUGCGGACAAGUUGCAAGCAUGCUUCAUAUGCAAACUGCUACAGUCAUUAUUGAUAUCGCAGAUGUAAACAACAACAAACCGGAAUUUCGUAAUUGUGACAUUUACAGCAGUAUCGCUAAAAUUGAGGAAGGUGAUUACAAGACCAAUGCACCAGUAAUUUUGAAGGUAGUGGCAACUGAUGAAGAUUCACCACCAAAUGGUGAAAUUGUUUAUUCAUUAUAUUAUUCACAGUCUGAAUCACGUAAACCGUUUAUCAUAAAUUCCGAAACGGGUGAACUAAGACCAUCACCAUUUGUGCGCUUUGAUCGUGAACAAAGAGCGCUUGAAGAAGUUACAGUAAAAGCGACAGAUAAGGGUGAAAGGCCGUUGAUUGGUUUUUGUCAAUUUACUGUACAAGUUCUUGAUGUAAACGAUAAUGCUCCACAGUUUGAUCGAGCAUUUUAUGAAACUUCAAUUUCAAGAAGUGCUAGUAUCGGCUAUUCGGUAAUAACUGUCUUUGCGGAUGAUGCCGAUGCACCACAAAAUGCGCAAAUAACCUAUUCAUUAGCUCAGGAUACGUUAGCUGGAAAGGAACAUUAUAAAGAUUUUAAAUUUUUUCAAAUAAUCAAUGAAAACAAUGGUGAAAUUACAUUAGCCAGUCAAAUUCCAUCAUAUAAAGAUCGUUUCAUUUUCAACGUUGUAGCAGAUGAUAAUGGGAAACCAUUUGUGCAACGAAGUGCAGUGCAAGUUGUUGUGAAUGUCCAUGAGAAGCAACAAAAUGCACCACAAUGGCAAACAAAUGAUGAAUGUAAGACAGUUGUUACGGUGGAUGAAGAUAUUCCUAUUAAUUCGGUACUUUUUCGAUGUUUAGCAAUUCCGGGCGAUGGUCCAAAGGGUCCAAUUUCGUAUAAGAUGGCAAAUGGUGCAAGUCGUGGUACCAAUCAUGACAUGCAUUUUCGUGAAUUCUUAGAGAAAACAAAUGGACAAGAUUGGGUUGUUGUUAGAAAUAUGGUUGGAUUAGAUUAUGAGCAACAGCAGAAUUACACUCUAACUAUAACAGCUAUGGAUAUGCGUAGUUUGAUAACAUCUGAUAAGCAAUUCCAUGUUAUAUUACGUGAUAAGAAUGAUGUAGUUCCACGCUUUACAGUCGAUUUAUUCACGGGUACUAUAGAAGAAGAACAGACGCCAACAGAAUUUCUCACCAAAUACAAUGGUGAUCCUAUUGCUAUAGUUAAAGCGGAAGAUGCUGAUUCACCUGGUCCACAAUCAGAAAUACGUUACCGGAUUAUUAGUGAUGGUGAUAGUGGAGCAGCACAGCUAUUCCGGAUUGAUGAGAUAACUGGUGGAAUAUUUCCAUUUGAGAUUUUUGAUCGUGAAAAAAAUGAUUCAUUCAUUUUUGAUGUUGAAGCUCGUGAUAGUGUUCCAUCAAGUUUACCUGGUGCUUCGGGACCAAAUCGAGAUAUCGUUAAAGUACAAAUUUUUGUGGCUGAUAUCAAUGAUAAUGCUCCAUACUUCGAGCAUACCCGUUACGAAGCUCGAGUUGCAGAAAACGCGGAAAUCAACGAAGAUGUGAUUACUGUGAAGGCUUAUGAUUUGGAUCGAUUACCAAAUCUUAAAUACGACUUGUAUGCUAUACACGGUGGACGAAUUCCAUUCGGUGUUCGAACCGAUUCCGGUGUACUAUUUGUUAAGGAACCACUCGAUUAUGAAAAGGAAAAUGUUUACCACAUGAAACUUUUCGUAACGGAUGGCAAACAUAAUGCUACAACGGAUCUGUACGUAUACAUUGAUGAUGUAAAUGAUAAUGCACCUCAAUUUGAAAAUGAUUUAUACGAGAUAACAAUAUUUGAAGAAGAUCAAGAUGUACCGAAGACAUUGUUUAUCGUUAGAGCUACUGAUGCUGAUAAGCGAGAUGAUUCAUCCAAAAUCGUUUAUCGUUUGGAAGGGCAAGGAGUUGGUGAAUUUUUCCGAAUUGGUCAAUAUAGUGGUGAUAUUGUGGUGAUACGACCAUUAGAUCGUGAUCCUCCAGCUGGUGUAUCUGUUUGGAAAUUUAUUGUACAAGCAAUUGAUGAAGAUGGCCAUGGAUUAAUUGGUUACGCUGAUGUACAGGUUAAUUUACUUGAUAUUAAUGAUAAUGCACCAAUAUUUGCAAGUAAUUUAUUUGGCACAAUUGAUGAGAAUCGCGAUCCUGGAGAUGAUGGUGUAUUCGUGAUGACAGUUACAGCAACAGAUUAUGAUGAUCCACGUACUGAUAAUGCUCGACUUGAGUAUAGUAUUUUAAUAAAUAAGGAAAUUAAUGGUGAACCUGUUUUCCGGAUUGUUCCAAAUAAUGGAAAAAUCUAUGCAAUGCGAAAAAUGGAUCGUGAAUUACCGUCGGAAAAACAAUUUGUUAUUGAAGUUCAAGCUGUUGACAAAGGUACACCGCCACUUGGAGGGACAGGAAAUGUAACAAUUCGAGUGAUAGAUGUAAAUGAUAAUGAGCCAUAUUUUGAAAAAGAAUUAUAUGUUGGAUCGGUUAUUGAAACAGCAUCAGUUGGUUCAGCGGUUAUCAGUGUAUCCGCUUUAGAUAAGGAUACCGAAGCCAGUGAUAACGUUUUUUCAUAUGAGCUAAUGGAUGAAAAUCAGUAUUUUUAUAUGACAACGGAAACCGGUUCAAGUAGUACCAGCGUUGGAGUUCUUCGAGUUAAAAAGGUUAUUUUCCGUUUGAAUUAG